GGAUAUUUUCGUAAAUAAGAUUUGGCACAGGUUGUUCUAGCUUCUCUCACAACAAAACCAGCACACAGACAAGAGCAUCUUUACUUCUCAGGCACAGUUCACCAGACCUCCGCGACACUACAAUUUCUCCACGCACAGCACGGACCAAGAAAACAACCUCCGCGAUGUCCGCCUUCCCGAAUUCGCCGCUCCGAAGUUCGAACCCUCGAUUUCUCGAUUUCCUUACCAACUAUUACAUUUAAUCGAAGGUAUUGUUCAAUCAACAGAUUUUCGUAUUGAUUGGCUCGGUUGUGUGGAAGAUGGAUAUUGCUUGUAGCUUUUGGCGCUCCGGCAUCUCCAAUUACCGUGUUUAUUCAUGUUUUAGCACAAGGAAUACAAAAUAUAGGUCUAGUGCUGGGGAUUGUAGUGUUGCUGGAGACGCUAGGUUUAUCUGUCGAUUACGGUCAACAAAGAGGGGAAACAAUCAUGUAAUUCCUAUCCAGUGCUCCGUGCAUUGUUCAGGUUGUGGAGCACUUUUUUCUCAUUUGAAUGGGAGCCGGAGUCCUCUGGUUGGCAGUUCAUGCAAUUGCAGAAAACUUUGGAGGGAAACUGUGUGGUUGCAGUGUCAGAGAAAUGACUCUUUGGCAUAUAUUGACGGGGACGGUCAGGAUCUUGACGUUACCGAAAGCCCUAUGACGUCAAAACCCGAUUCUUUGGCUGAGAGCACGGAAGUAGCAUCAAGUUCUGGUACAGAAACUAAUGGUUCGGUGGACAAUGUAAAAGGUGACUAUCAGUUGGAGGAUUUUAGGGAAUCUCUUCAGAAGGCUAUGAAGGAGCUUGAAGUUGCCAGGCUUAACAGUAUCAUGUUUGAGCAGAAGGCUCAGAGUACAUCUGAAUCUGCAUUCGAUUUAAAAGAUAAAGCAGAAAAUGCUUGGAGAGAUGUUACUUCUGCUGUGACUAUGAUUCAGGAGAUAAUCAAUGAAGAAACUAUUGCAAAAGAAGCUGUCCAGAAGGCCACCAUGGCCCUUUCAAUGGCUGAGGCUAGGUUAAGACUGGAAAUGGGAUUAUUGGAUCCCACAGAGGAGAUAUCAGUCUUGGCGGAGUCUUCUGUGCAGAGUAACGUGGAGCAGGACCUUCUUUCUGCCCAGGAGGAGAUUCAAGAUUGUAAGGAUUGCUUGAAUAACUAUGAAGCAGAUUUGAUGAGAAUACGCACAAAAAAGGAGGAGCUGCAGAAGGAAGUAGACAGGUUGAGUGAAAUUGCUGAGAAGGCUCAGUUGAAUGCCUUGAAGGCAGAGGAGGAUGUUACCAACAUAAUGUUCCUAGCAGAACAAGCUGUGGCUUUUGAAUUGGAGGUGACUCAGCAUGUGAAUGAUGCAGAGCUUGCUUUGCAGAAAGCGGAGAAGGUUGCUUUGACAGCUGAUCUGCUGGAGCAACCUUCCCAAGAACAGCUAACUGAGGAAGUAAACCCUGAUGCGGAGAAGACUAGUUCAGCUGUUGUUGAUGGCUCAGCUGUUUUAAGAGACAUUGGACUGUCAACUGCUAGUGAUGUGGCUGAACUAAGUCUGGGAGAGACACACAGCUCAGGUUAUCUGUCUGAUCAGAAGAAUGACAUGCUGAAUUCAUUUAUUGACAAAGAAUAUGAAGUCGAUACAAAGGUUGCUUAUCAAGGAAAGAAGCAGGAACUUCAAUCAAAAGAUCUAACUAAGGAUUCACCUUUAAGUGUUCCAAAAGGAUUGUUAAAAAAAUCAUCUCGCUUCUUUUCUGCAUCGUUCUUCUCUUUCAAUGUUGAAGGCAAAGAGUUCACUCCUGCAACAGCUUUCGAAAGGCUUGCUGCAUUUGCUAAAAAGCAUGUACCAAACCUUGUUCUUGGGACUCUGCUUCUUGGGUUGGGGACUGUUCUACUGAGUAAUCGAGCAGAAAAGAAUUAUCAGCUGCUUCAACAGCCAGAGUUAAUAACUAGCAUCGAAGAAGUAACCUCAACUGCAGAACCUAUGGUUCGGGAGAUACGAAGGUUCCCUGAAAGAUUGAAAAAGAUUAUUGCGCUCUUGCCACAACAAGAGAUAAAGGAGGAAGAAGCCUCCCUUUUUGAUAUGCUAUGGCUCUUAUUAGCCAGUGUCAUAUUUGUUCCUAUAUUCCAAAAGAUUCCUGGUGGUAGUCCUGUACUUGGAUAUUUGGCUGCUGGUAUUCUUAUUGGUCCUUAUGGGCUUUCCAUUAUCCGUCAUGUUCAUGGGACAAAGGCCAUUGCUGAAUUUGGAGUUGUUUUUCUGCUCUUUAAUAUUGGACUUGAGCUUUCUGUGGAAAGGUUAAGUUCAAUGAAGAAGUACGUUUUUGGUUUAGGCUCUGCUCAGGUUCUUGUGACUGCAAUUGCAUUUGGCUUGGCUGCCCGUUUUAUUACUCUGCUUCCAGGCCCUGCAGCAAUUGUUAUUGGAAAUGGUCUAGCUUUGUCAUCUACCGCAGUAGUCUUACAGGUGCUCCAAGAGAGAGGAGAGAGCACAUCACGACAUGGUCGUGCUACAUUUUCUGUUUUACUUUUUCAGGACUUAGCUGUGGUUGUUUUGCUAAUACUGAUCCCUCUUAUUUCACCCAAUUCAUCCAAAGGAGGGAUUGGUUUUCAGGCAAUUGCAGAAGCCCUUGGAAUUGCUGCUGUCAAAGCAAUGGUUGCCAUAACUGCCAUAAUUGCAGGCGGACGCUUGCUUCUUCGGCCAAUUUAUAAACAGAUUGCUGAGAAUCAGAAUGCUGAGAUUUUUUCUGCCAAUACCCUCCUUGUCAUUCUUGGAACAAGUCUCCUUACAGCUCGAGCUGGACUGUCUAUGGCACUGGGAGCAUUUUUGGCUGGUCUCCUCUUGGCAGAAACAGAAUUUUCCUUGCAGGUUGAAUCAGAUAUUGCUCCUUAUCGGGGCCUCCUUUUAGGCCUAUUUUUCAUGACAGUUGGAAUGUCUAUUGAUCCAAAGCUGCUUCUUUCCAACUUUCCAGUUAUCGUUGGGACUUUGAGUUUCUUAAUUUGUGGCAAGUGUAUACUGGUUGCUUUACUAGGUAAACUUUUUGGCCUUUCAAGUAUAGCUGCUAUUCGAGUUGGUCUUCUACUUGCUCCUGGUGGAGAAUUUGCAUUUGUUGCUUUUGGAGAAGCUGUAAAUCAGGGCAUACUGUCUUCUCAACUAUCAUCCUUACUAUUUCUGGUGGUUGGUAUUUCAAUGGCUGUUACACCGUGGUUAGCAGCUGGAGGCCAGUUGCUGGCUUCUCGAUUUGAGCAGCUUGAUGUUCGAAGUUUACUUCCAGUGGAGAGUGAGACUGAUGAUCUACAGGACCACAUCAUUAUAUGUGGUUUUGGUCGAGUUGGGCAGAUUAUUGCUCAACUUCUUUCGGAGCGUUUGAUUCCAUUUGUUGCUCUCGAUGUUAGAAGUGAUCGGGUAGCAGUUGGGCGUGCUCUUGACCUUCCUGUAUAUUUUGGAGACGCUGGGAGCCGAGAGGUCCUACACAAAGUUGGGGCUGCAAGAGCUUGUGCUGCUGCAAUAACUUUGGAUACACCUGGCGCUAACUAUAGAACCGUGUGGGCCCUUAGCAAAUAUUUUCCCAAUGUGAAGACAUUUGUUCGAGCCCAUGAUGUUGAUCAUGGCAUUAAUCUCGAGAAGGCAGGAGCAACUGCUGUUGUCCCAGAGACCUUGGAACCAAGUCUCCAGCUUGCAGCGGCUGUUCUUGCUCAGGCCAAGCUGCCAACGUCCGAGAUUGCAACAGCUAUUAAUGAAUUCAGAACCCGUCACCUCUCCGAGCUCACUGAGUUAUGUGAGGCAAGAGGAGGGUCCUUGGGCUAUGGAUUCUCAAGAGUAAUGUCCAAGACGAAAUCUCUGAAUUCUUCCGAUUCUGAUGAUGAUGAAUUUGUUGAAGGUACAUUGGCUAUAUGAUCACACUCGUAAACCAGGUUAUAAGAAAAAAGUGUUUUUGAGAAACAUUUUUACCAGAAUUUUGAAAAUUGUACAGCUAAUUGAAAAGGAUUUGUAUAGUGAAAUGAACUGCUCACAUGCAAACUUAAUGUCCUCUUUAGGUUGCUUUUCUUAUGUCAAAUCACAGCACAACGUACCUUUCAAAUAGAGAAAGGGAGGCUUUGCAGCCCUUCCAAAUAAAAUUAGGUCUUGAGGAUGACCUCUUCCAGGCUUGCUUUA